AUGGAAUGUUUAAACAAUGAAAACUUCAAAAACCUAAUAGAAUCAGUUAACUUCAUGAGUGAAAAAUUUGACAGCUUUGGUAAACAAAUACAAGAGUUGAUAACAUCAGUAAAAAACAUGAAGGAAGAAAACCAAAUCCUGAGAGAACAAAACACCAAAUUAAAAAGUGAUAUUGUGCUCUUAGAUAAACGUAUGAAUAUCUUAGAACAAAAGGUUAUUGAAAACUACGUUGAAAUCAUGGGUGUUCCUGAGGCAAACAAUGAAAAUUGUGUGAAAAUAAUCGAGACAAUCGCUGAAGCCGUUGGAGUGAAAACAACUGUAAUCAAAGCCUUUCGUAUCAAAUCAAAAAUUAAUAACAAAUCGAGAAAAAUAAUAGCUGAACUGCAAUCAAAGCAAAUUAAAAAGGAAAUCAUGGAUAAUGCUAAAAAAUCAAAAUUAACGGUGUUCCUUAAUAAAAUCGAUAACGCUGAAAUGAUCAAAAUUGUAAAUAGUUGUAAAGAUGAAACUGUGGCAGGUUACAAUAAAGUAACAAUAAAAAUGUUAAAAUAUGUAAUUGAACAUGUAGUUUCUCCUCUAGUAUACAUAUAUAACUUAAGCAUAGAACAAAAUGUAUUUCCAGACAAACUAAAAUUAGUAGUGAUCAAACCUCUUCAUAAAGGUGGGGACCCAACAAAUAUAAAUAAUUAUAGGCCAAUAUCACUAUUAAGUAAUUUUUCGAAAAUAUUUGAAAAAAUAAUCAAGUCAAGAUUAAUAGCGUAUUUGGAAGGCAAUAAACUUUUAUCGAAGAACCAAUUUGGAUUUAGACCUGGUAUAGGAACAGAAGAAGCCCUAUAUAACACUACUAAAUUAUUAUAUAACGAAUUAGAUAAAAGUAAUAAAGUUAUAGCCGUAUUCUUAGACUUGACUAAAGCGUUUGAUACUGUAAAUCAUCAAAUUUUAUUGGAAAUUUUAACAAGUUUUGGUAUUAAUAACAAUAGUUGGAAUUGGUUUAGAAGUUAUUUAUUUAAUAGAACACAAAUAGUAAAAAUAAAUGAUAUCACGGGAAAUGAAUGUAGUAUUGAAUACGGUGUGCCCCAAGGAAGUGUUUUGGGACCAAUUUUAUUUAACUUAUACGCUUUAAAUAGACCAAAUUUCGCAGUUUUAUACGCACAGUUAUGUGCAUACAUGGUCAAUGUGUCUACAUUUAAUACACUUCACAAUUCUAAAACUACUUUUCAGAAAGUUUUAGCACAAAAAAGCUUUGAUGACUUUACGUCAUACUAUUCUCGUACUCCUCAGAAAGAAGUACAUACAUUAAAAGAAAAUUUUAUGAACAGUAAUAUGACACCAUCUAAUUUCAAGAGUAGAUUGAAUAUUUUUCAUUUCCAAUAUUAUAAUAGAACUUUAACCCAUUGCAAAAUUGACAAAGUAAUGGAUGACUCAGAAAUUAAGUUAGAAUUUCCAAGAUUAUCAGAUUUAUUAUUUGACAUCACUAGUAGGCUUACAUAUCUUGUUAUGAAUUCAGCUUAA